CUACAUCACUUGACCCUUGAGCUACUUGUGUGCAUUAUCUGAGCACAGAAUAACUUUUUGCCUUAUGGAACAGUGAACAUCACAGAUUUCUAAAGCUGGAAUGUUAAUGAAGGGUGGACCACUGAAGAUGCUGGAAAGUAAAGCACAGACCCUGGAUCACACUGAUAGUACAUUCUGAGUUUGUCAUGAAAAUAUUCUCCACCUCAAAUUGAUAUCAUGAAUAAUUUCUACACCACUACCACCGACCCAUCCACCUUCCCACAGAAUGAAGCUAAUCAGACAGACAACUUAUGUGUCUUCGAUGAGGAAUUUAAGUAUUUUUUGCUACCAGUGUCUUACAGUGCAGUCCUUCUUCUAGGUCUGCCAUUAAACCUUACCGCCAUAUGGAGUUUCUUUGCUAAGAUGCGCCCAUGGAGCUCUACAACGGUUUACAUGUUUAAUCUAGCCCUAUCUGACACAUUGUAUCUGCUGUCACUGCCCACACUGAUCUAUUACUAUGCUGAUCAUAACAACUGGCCCUUUGGGGAGCCUUUGUGCAAGACUGUCCGCUUCCUCUUCUACACAAACUUGUACUGCAGUAUCCUGUUUCUCACCUGUAUCAGUGUUCACCGCUACAUGGGUGUCUGUCACCCGCUUUUAACUUUGCAGAGAAUGAAGGCUCGAUAUGCUCAUCUGCUGUGUGCUGGGGUAUGGCUGUCAGUCAGUGCCUGUCUAGUGCCUAAUCUUAUUUUUGUCACUCUCAGCCCCAGGGGUAAUGGCACGCUAUGUCAUGACACGACACAACCUCAGGAGUUUCAGAACUAUGUUAUAUACAGUACGGCUGUUAUGAGCCUUCUGUUUGGUGUGCCCUGCCUUGUCAUUGCUGUCUGCUAUGGACUCAUGACUAGAGAAUUAAUGAAACCACUAGAAAAUGGCUCUCGCAGGACAGUUUCCUCUUACAAGAAGAAAUCUAUCAAAACCAUUGUUGUAGUCCUUACAGUAUUUGUCAUUUGUUUCCUGCCGUUUCAUAUUACCCGUACAAUGUAUUAUUUUUUUCGACUGCUUGAUGCAGAUUGUCAAAUACUCAAUGUGAUAAAUGUAGUAUACAAGAUAACACGUCCUUUGGCCAGUGCCAAUAGCUGCUUUGACCCCAUCUUGUACUUCUUGGCCUGUGAUAAUUAUCAGAGGAAACUGACUUUAAUGCUGACAAAACUUUCAUGUGCAUGUUUGAGACGUGUACCUGCCAGCCUGUCGGGGCCUCCACCGCACAGAAAACGCAGCAAUCUUGCUGUUAUUUCAGCUGAAGACGCUAAAGCCAAUGGUAGCUUAGGCAAUCUCUUAGUUGUUAAGGAGGAAAAAGGGCAAGUAACUGAUACAGAAGAGCGGACAACUGUACAGAGGAACAAGGAUGACCAAAAUUCUACGGAAUACAUGAAAAGGCUUGGGAUUAAUAAAAACCAAAGAGACAAUACAGGGAAAGACAUUGAGAGUAGAACAUAUGCUGUGCUCACUACAGCAGGAGCUAAUGAAAGUGACCUCAGGAAAGAUGGAAAAGAAUGUAUAGAAAGCAUAUAUGUGAUACAAUGCCAGGAGAUUAAUGCUGAAAUUGAUUGGAAACUACCUCAACGAAAGUCAGAGAGAGAGAAAAGCAAUGGAGAAUGCAGAGGCUGCAAAAGUUUCAAAAGAGUAAGAAGUUUGGAGGAGCCAAAUGACAAAGCUCUAGAAGAUAACUCCUAUGAAGUAGACAGCAGCUCAUCCUGGAAUUUGCUGGACUCUAUUCACCAGGAGACACAGUGUGUGUGGUCUAAUUCUAAUGAGGACACUGCAGUAGAAGGGACACCACAGAGCCUUUCAAAAAUGUAAACUAACAACAUAGCAACAUUGUCUAAAGGAAGAGACGUAAACUGUGGUGAAGCCAUUAGGAGCAGAACAGAACAGUUUUACACUGGAACAUUGCCACAGUCUCUUAAUAGUCCUAAAGGCUAUAGACAAAUUCUGAGCCGUCUAAUUAUUAUUAUUAAUUUUUAUGUAUUUUGGACUAAAAUACAGUUUUUGAUAGAUUUUUAUUAAAAAUGUUGCGCUUUUGCAGCUUGUAUGUUUCAUACUACAUAGCCAGCUGCACAAAGUCAUUCUGUGAAAAAUUCGUCAGACUGGUCAUCUGACAGCCUGCUCUCCCAGCCCUCUCUGAUUUCU